GGAUCGGAGGGCGUCAGUCCGCGCUGGGCGGCCGAGCAAGCGCCAUGUCUACGUGUGCGCCGCGCGCGUGCUGCCGGCCGCGCGCCCCAGCGACCCUUCUCGAUAUAACCGCGAAGAUAGUCGCCGCCUCUAUACCCUUUCAGCGCAUCGAAGAGCGCUAUGAACGUAUACCGGAACCUGUGCAACGCCGCGUCGUCUACUGGUCCUUUCCCAGGGACGAGCGGGACAUCUGCAUGUAUUCCUCGCUGGCCCGUGCUCCACCUGACGACCACAGGAACAUCGCCUUCUGCCGCGGUCUCAAGCUGCUGGAAGCCGGCUGUGUCGAGAACGUCCUCCAAGUCGGUUUCCAUCUGAGUGGAGUUGUUCGAGCACCAGCGGCCAUCAGCCCCUGUUCAGCUGAACCUGAAAGGCUAUAUAGAGUUACAGUUUCAUUUGACAGGUGCAAGAUAACUGGGGUAACAUGCAGUUGCGAAGCGCGCGACAUCUUUUGGUGUCAGCAUGUAGUCGCCUUAGCUCUGUACCGCAUAAGAAAUGCGGAUUCAGUGAGGCUACGGGUUCCCAUAUCAGAAACCCUACUGCAGAUGGAUCGGCAGCAGCUCCAGAAGUUUGUACAGUAUUUAAUAGCGGAACAUCACACGGAGGUACUGCCGACCGCGCAGAAGUUGGCUGAUGAAGUGCUGCAGGCGCGAUCAGCUAUCAACAGGAUCUGUGGGGCCCCUGACCCAACAGCGGGUCCUCCGCCUGAUGCACAUCAUGCUUGGCAUUUGGACGAGAUUCAGGUUUGCGAACAAGUGCGGGCAUAUUUACUACAGGGAACAUAUUAUAAUGCCAACAAGCAAUUAAACUCCUUAUUUUCGAAGGUCAGGGAGAUGCUCCGUGCGCAAGACUCGAACGGUCCACGAAUGCUUAUGUUGAUGACGGAGCAGUUCCUAUCAGACCCUCGGCUUCUGUUGUGGCGGAAUCAGAAUACCCCCAUGACAGAAAAAUGUAGACAACUGUGGGAACAAUUGGGUGCCUUAUGGGUCAGCAUUGUGUUGGACCCGGGUAGCAAUGAGUGCUAUAGGACACAGUGGAGGAAACUGUUAGAAAAAUGGUCUGCUGUGGAAGUCUGCCCCACAGAGGAUCCCGAUUAUAGGUCUUUUCCGUUGUACGCGAGAGAAAGGGAGAGAAAUGAAAGAGAUCGCGACAGAGAUCACAGAGAUAGAGAUAGAGAGAGAAGGGAAGAGAGGGACAGGGAGAGGCUAAGGGAAAGAGAAGAGAGGGACAGGCAUAGAGAACGUCAGCGAAGAGAAGUCCAUUCCCACUCAGAAAGCUCCGAUGAAGAAUCUAGACCAAAUAACUACGAACGUGAAUAUAGAAGAGCAAGCAAACGGUUAAGGCUACACAAUCAAAGAUCACAACCACUCACUCCACGCACGGUGUUUCAUAAAGCACUGGACGCGGUAGAUAUUUCAUGGGAAAAUGAUCACCUCAAGAACAUCCUCAGUUCAGACGAGUACUGUGACCCAGAUAAACUGGACAAAGCCGGUGCCUCCAACGCAUCCACCACCCUUCAGUGUUACCCCAAAUUCAACGAAAUUGGUCAACCUUUAUGGCAUGAACAUUUACCAGUAGUGGGCGCCAGAAUAGAGGCCUUACGUGCCCAUGGACGCGCGCCCGCCGCUCUCAGACUUGCUGUCGCUGCUGCCAGGGCCAUGAGACAUCGACAGGAAGUAGCGCAACAGAGAUGGCUAGACGCGGGUGGAGGGGAGGCAUCAGGUAGUAGUAAUUCCACCAACUCUAACUCCAGUAACAACUCGAGUAGGGAAUGUGGCAGCGAAUCGUGCGGCGGUCAAUGUGACAGAGUGAAGUUGUCGCUGAUUUGCGCUCAUAUGGACGCGGGCACGUGCUUAUCGAAUACGGAUACGUGCGCGCUAUCGCAUACGCACCGAUGUAUUGGAAAAGACAGUAGGUGUUGGACGGGUUGGACGUUAGAGGCAAUCUGGUGCGUGUACGAGUGUCUGGCUGACGCGUGCCUGGCGCCAGAUGACCAACGGGCAUCGCCGCGACUUCACACCUAUAUCGAUGAGGAGCCCAACACCGGACUUCCACCUCGGUAUCAACAUGUACCGGUAGCAGGCAGUAAGAACCCCGAAGAGACCUACUUAGCAUUAGCGUUAGAAGCCGCUCUACUUGGCCUUGGAAUGCAAAGAAUGCUGCCAAACGGACUAUACGCGCAGGAGAGGUAUUGCAAACAGGAGGAGCGAUUAAUAAGCCAACUCCAGCGAGUGGAGGGUGAGGCAGCUGCGGGUGUGUGUGGUCGGGUAGCGCGGGCUCUAUUGGCGGGUGGACCCUCCUCCUGUCUCGGCACCAAGGUCCAUCCCAGGUCUGCUCCCGCGCAUACCUUCGCGAGGUUCCUGUUCCUGGCUCUGUUGCCUACUGACCCGGAUUUGGCGUAUCGGGUCGGAUUAAGAGCUAUGAGACUGCCCAUGGUGGAAGAGGCGUACGCGUUAGAUGGGGGCGGGGCAGGCGCGGGUGGAGCGGGGGCGUGGCAUACACUACAGCACGCCGAGCAGCAGCAGGCGGCUUUGGCCAGUGCGCUCUUGGGCGCGGCUCGUGGUACGCCCAGUCGUCUACGCGCUGCGUUGGCGGCUGCGCAACGCCACGUACGCUCAGCGGCGCAGCUGUUCCGCCUGGCGCAAGAUGCGUUACGUCACGCCGCGCCGCCAGACGCGCCUCACCACCAUCGGGAUCUGUUGGCUGCUGCGUUCGAGUUGGGUCUACAGGUGUUAAGAAUGACGCUGUCAGCCGUGAACUGGCGACGCCGUGAGAUGGUCCGAUGGCUAGUCACGUGCGCCACUGAGCUGGGUCUCGACGCAUUGCUGUCCAUUAUGCAGAAGUGGUAUGAACUAUUCACGCCCACUGAAGCUACUGGCCCUGUUGCGGCGGCCGCCAUGUCCCACGCCACAGCGUUAAGACUAGGCCUUAGCUUCGAACAACAAGAGAAACUUAGUUCCUGUGCGAGGACAUUGGCCUUGCAGUGUGCGAAUAAGGAUCCGCCUGGCUGCGCUCUAAGUGCGCUAACGGUGUGUGAGGGCUCGGCUGGGGCGUUCGAAGCAGCGUGUGUAGCGGUGGGUGGAGCGGCGGCCAGAGGCGCGUUGGCCUCGAGCCAACUGUUCGCUGUGGCCCGGUAUAUGGAACAACGCGGUCAACCCGCCAGAGCGAUGCGUCUGGCAACACUGGCCAUGCGGAAUCUGCAUCUGCAUUAUAACCAGGAUAGUCAUCCAGCGAUAGCUGAUAUCCACUGGGCUGUUGCGCUUGCGCAUUCCUUGGGCCGAGCGGAACUUCAAGCUAUGUUGCCUUUACUCGUUAAGAACGUGCAAUGUGCGCCCGUACUUUCGGACGUGUUGCGGCGUUGUUGCGUAGCGGCAGCGGGUUGUUCGCGGUCGCGGCCGCCGCCUCCGCGUCCGCCCACGCCCCUGCGUCCGCUACUCGAAGCCGCGCUACGGGCCUACGCUUCUACCACUCACGCGCGACUCGCGCAUAUAUCGCCACGACAUUAUGCGGACUUUGUCGAAUUUCUUGGUAAAGCCCGCGACACAUUCGCCCUGGCCCACGACGGGCCUCACCAGUUCGCUGCCUUGUUACAGGAAAUCAAACUAAAAUACAAAGGCAAGAAGAAACUAAUGUUCCUCGUUAAAGAAAGAUUCGGUUGAUAGGCGAAUAGCACCUUUAUUUUUAUAUACAUUGCGGUCAAUGUGCAAUAGAACGUGUGGUCAAACGGUACGUCCGUUGACGGUUUUCUUUUAUCAUACAAUGUUUUUAUCCAUUGCGCCGUUUCAACUCGAAUGCACGGUUCCGUACGAUCGCGUACCGAACCAGUCUAUUUCCAAGUAUUAUUUUAUUUAACGUUAGACAUACCUCGUAGAAUAACGUAGAUAACAUUGUAAUGAUCUCAAUGAUUCCAUUUUGUAAAUAGUUUAAAUGUAAAUAUUAAUUAAGAUAGCUCGUUGGACAUGUUAGGUAUAUUUAAAAAUGGCGUACGUUCGGCGCGUUUAGUUUGCGCAAGAUGGCGUCCAAUAAACUGGAAAUGACAGCACCAAAGAGAUAUUUAUGUAAGUGACUCGCAGAAUAUGCCGCAAUUACAGUAUUGUCGAGUAUUAUUUUUUUUCUGACAAACACUGAUCCGUUGUAAUUAAAAUUGUAAAUUGUAACAAGAAGUGCAUUUAUAGAAACGUAAUAUUUAAUGCUACUUGACGUUCGGAUAGCGUUCAGAUUAGUGAAAUGUUAGGUUAUAAGUUCGGGGGACUUUUGUACUUUUUGUGGUGUAAGCGGGUUGUGCAGAUUUAUUUUCCUAGCAAUUUUACUUGCCUACUUAUUUUCGGCUGACCCUGUUCUGUGUCAAAAUUGAUCCAAAUAGAUAAUUGCAAUUGUUAUUGUGCAUAAACGAUGUUCCAUAACUAGAUCAGACUGAUUUUAAAGGAUUUGCAUAGAUAUAUUAGAUUUUGGUCCGUUAACGGUUGCUAGUUGUAAAAAUUCAGUUGAAGACAGAUAAGCAAUAAUUUGUAGCCUUGGCCGGUCUGUGUUUCUGCUUACCUUCAUUUCUGUAGCCUGAGCUUUUCUUGAAAGUUUCGACUUGCCAUUAAAAAUAAAGCAAACAAAACCUUAAGUGCCUUGAGGAGUCACCAUUGAGCGCAGACCGGUGUCAUGUCAUGUAUCAUUUCAUUUUUGUAUCACGAUCUUUGUGUUUUACGUGAAACGUAGACACUGGCCAUCCUUCAAUGUUGUAUUGAAUUGGGAAUAAUCAUUUCAAUAAACGAUUACUUUAAAAUA